AUGACGACGACUACGUCCUCGCUAGUUUCUCUUGAUAUUACUUCUCAACUGAACCAAUUACUAUCAAACUUGACUUCUAAUGAUAAUGAUCUUCGUUCAAACGCUGAAAAACAAUUAAAUGACCAUUGGAUCGCGCAACAACCGGACUUAUUACUUCUUUCUUUAAUACAACUUGGAAGAUCUCAUGAAGGAAUACACGACCGCUCUUUUGCUUUGGUGUUGUUUCGAAGAAUUGCGUUUAAAACAGUUCCAGGUCAAGAUGCUACAAUAUGGGACCGCCUUCAAGAACAGAGUAGACAAGCAAUCAAAAAUGAACUUUUAAUGUCCCUUUCUGUUGAGAGAGAAAAUACUGUACGUCAUAAAGUGUGUGAUGCCAUUUCAGAAGUUACCAAAAAUUCCUUAUUCACAGGACAAAAGUGGGAUGAACUACUACCUGCUCUAUUUGAAGCUAGCAAAUCUCCUUCUGCCGAACAUCGUGAAGCUGCUUUACGCAUAUUUUCUGCUUUGCCUAGUCUAAUCACUGAUCAGCCUAUUGAUAUUGUAAAGCAAGUUUUUUCUGCAAAUUUACGGGACGCUGAUAGCGCAGCAAUUCGUAUGACUUCUCUUAAAGCUGCUGUAGCAUUCAUGUUGGACACAGAUCAACCAAAUCGUACUUCUUUUGCUGAAUUGAUGCCACAGAUGCUUGAGGUCUUAUCUCCGCUCGUGACACAACGUGAUGAAGAUGGCUUAGUUGACGGCAUAAUGGUGUUCAUUGAAUUGGGUGAAAAUUUACCGCGUGUAUUUAGGCCGGUACUCCCUAUUGUCAUGCCUUUUGCCAUAAAUAUUAUGAAAGAUAAGACUUUCGAAGAUGGUACGCGUCAAACUGCUCUUGAGCUUCUACUAACUUUGUCGGAGGCCUCUCCGUCGAUGAUGCGUAAAACUCCAGACUUCUGCUCACAAGUUAUCCCCAUAUCCUUGGAAAUGAUGACUGAAUUGGAAGAUGAUGAAGGAUGGUACACAACAGAUGAUUUAGAUGAUGACGAUAAUGAUGAAAACUAUGUUAUGGGGGAACAUGCCAUGGAUAGAUUAGCUCGUAAUAUUGGUGGAAAAGCUGUACUUCCUAUUGCCUUUAAUUAUAUUCCUUCCAUGUUGGGUUCGGAAAAGUGGCAACAACGUCAUGCGGCACUUAUGGCAAUAUCUGCUAUUGGGGAAGGUUGUGUCAAGAUCAUGGAAGCUGAAUUGGGUAAAAUCAUUGAAUUGGUUUUGCCAUAUUUACGAGACCCUCAUCCCCGAGUAAGAUAUGCUGCGUGUAAUGCAAUCGGUCAAAUGUCGACUGAUUUCCAAGAUUCACUCCAAAGGAAAUAUCAUCAGCCUGUACUUACAAAUUUGAUUCCUAUAAUGGACACUCCAGAACCUAGGGUUCAAGCCCAUGCUGCUGCUGCCCUAGUCAACUUCUGCGAAGCUGCAGAUAAAGCAAUUUUAGAACCUUAUUUGGAUCCUAUUUUUGAAAGGCUUCUUGUUCUUCUAAACUCUGGGAGAACCUAUGUUCAAGAGCAAGCUAUCACAACGAUAGCUACAGUUGCAGAUAGUGCAGAAGAUAGAUUUGUCAAGUAUUAUAGCGCUAUUAUGCCUUUAUUAGUAAGUGUGCUUAGAAAUGCACACCAAAAAGAAUAUCGAUUAUUACGCGGCAAAGCCAUGGAAUGUGCAAGUCUUAUAGCUUUGGCUGUGGGUAAAGAAAUUUUUGCGCAAAAUGCCAGUGAAUUCAUCGAGUUAUUGGUUCAAACUCAACAAUCAGUCACUGAACCAGAUGACCCUCAAACAUCAUAUCUUAUUGCUUCAUGGGCAAGAGUAUGCAAAGUUCUUGGCGCAGAUUUUGUCCCAUACCUUCCUAUUGUUAUGCCCCCUCUUUUGCAAUCGGCAAGCUUAAAGCCUGAUUUUGCUGUUUUAGAUCCCGAUGAUGAUAUUGAAUCAAAAUAUUCAGCUGAAGAUGGUUGGGAAUUUGUAGGCGUUGAGGGUCAGCAAAUUGGAAUAAAAACUACAGUUUUGGAAGAAAAAUGUACCGCUGUUGAAAUGCUUAUAUGUUAUGCUCGAGAACUUGGUCCUGCCUUCCAACCGUAUGUUGAAAAGGUUUUGGAAAUUGUGUUACCUCUUCUGAAGUUUUAUUUUCAUGAUGGAGUUCGUAAUGCUGCAGCAGCUACUAUUCCACAUCUCCUUAAUUCAGUUAAAAAGGCUAAUGCUAUGCCUGAAUAUAUAUUAAAUAUGUGGCACACAAUUGUGAACAAAAUUAUCGAAGUUAUAAAGAGCGAAGUUGAUCCCACCUUUUUAUGGCAACUUUACGUUACUUUUUACGAAUCAUUAGAAAUAGUUGGCGACAACAGCCUUAUUCAGUCGCAAUUAGAAGAUUUCACAAAUGCCACUGAAGCCCAAUUGACAGAAUUUUACCAAAGAAUAAAGCAGAGAGAACAAGCAAGGAAUAGCGGUGACUAUGAUGCUGAGGAUGAAGAAAUAAUUAUGGAAGAGGAAGCAACAGAAGAAGGUGUUCUUGGAGAACUUUCUAAAGCUUUGCAUGUUAUCCUCAAAACUCAUAGGAUAUCCUAUCUUCCGUCCUUUAACAAAUUGUUACCCAUUGUCUCUACGUUUUUGGCUGAUGCUAACCCUGCUGCUCGUCAAUGGGCUUUGUGUGUAAUUGAUGAUGUUGUUGAAUUUACUGGGCCUGAAUCAUGGGUUUAUCAUACCCAUUUCUUAGAGAAAAUGAUUGCAUCAUUAAUGGAUAUAGCUUCCGACGUUAGGCAGGCUGCUGCAUACGGUAUUGGUGUAUGCGCCCAGUUUGGCGGCGAAAAUUAUUCUGGAGCAGUUGCAGAGGCAUUAAAUAAUUUAUUCCAAGUAAUAAAUUCCGAGGGCUCCAGGAGAGAAGAAAAUAUAUACGCGACUGAGAAUGCGAUAUCUGCCAUAACUAAGAUUCUAAAAUUCAACCAUGGCAAAAUUGACGUUAACACUGUGCUUCCAGCGUGGUUCGCCUCUCUACCUAUCAUUCACGAUGAAGAAGAAGCAGCACUUACCUACACAUAUUUGCUAGACUUGCUAGAAGCUCAACAUCCUGUCAUUCUAGGUAACAAUAACGAAAAUAUUCCACGUAUUGCCACAAUGUUCACAGAGGUACUUGCCGCAGUGAUUUUACCAGAACCAGUAACCAUAAGAAUGACAAACGCAUUAAAAGCUAUUAUCAGUUAG